AUGCACAUGGUAACUGAUGCUGGGAUCGAGGUAAUGUCUCGUAAACUUCAAGGGUUGCGUAAAAUAGACAUAGCAGAGCAGGUUGGUUGUUCUGAUCGAUCUCUCAUUGCUUUGUUUUCAAAUUGUGAGCUUUUGCAUGAAAUUCGAUGUGGUUUGUGCGAAGUAACUGAACAUGGCAUUUGUUUUGUGCUACGGAAUAGUCGAAACUUGAUUUCUCUCGAUGCUGGACCGUAUUACACAGUACAAGAUGAUUUGUUUACUUUUGAGAAUUCCAUGAUUCAUGCAACAUCUUUACGCAGUCUUGUGUUAGAAGCAAAAGAAGAUCAUGACCGACUUCUGUCUUCCAUUUCAACAUCGGGCAUUCGAUUAGAGAAGAUUUUGAUCUACGAUGAUUCUGGUUUGAGCUUCCAUGGACUCUCGAAUUUCUUAUGUGGAUGCCCAUCUUUGACACACUUGACACUUUGUUUCAAUAAUUUCCUCACUGACAAUUACAUGAGGGAUUUAUGCCGGUAUCUUCCUAAUCUCGCGUCCACAAAGUUUAAUCGGUGUUCAAACAUAACCACUGCAACGUUCUUCAUCCUUGCAAAAGAAUGUCCUAUGCUUUCGAAAAUUGGACUGCCUAAUAUAAAGCCACAAGUUGAAGAUGAUUUUAACUUGGAGUUGAAGAGGAAUUAUCGAAUUAGAUCAUUGGAUUUGACUUGUUCUGUGUAUCUGAAUGAUGAAUUCAUAAAAAAAGUAGGGGCUGUUUGCCCCAAUUUACAAACUCUAAAUCUUAAUGGACUUCUUAGUUUGACAACAGAGGGCAUUAGGGAAAUUUUGAGGUGUUGCUCUCAAAUUAAGCAUUUGAUAGUGGAUAGAACUAGAGACAUGGUGAUCUUUUUGAAACAAUUCAAAACUCGCCGCAUUAAAAAUGGACAUGGUUAUAACCUAGAGGGCCUCUAUGACUGA